CUAAAGACACUGAGCGGAAAGGUCCAGUUUUACUCAUUCUGGUGUGUUUUUUCCCAUGUUUUUUACUGACAUACUUCGUGUGUUGAAACUGCCAUCCAUUUUUUCCAAAAUGUCUCUUGCUCGUUUCGUCACAUGCGGAACACUUUCAGAACAAUUAAACCAGGUGAAGUCUGCGCUUCUUUGUUGCAGUCAUCCAGUGAAAGGUGUGUUAAAUUGAGCUGUUGCAUGCAGUCUUUGGUGCUGAUUUUGUCCUGGAAUGUGGGAGAGUUCCAUGCUUCAAGUCUUCUGGGAUCAGCCAUAUCUGAGUUGACGCUGGAUCAUGCUGCAUUGUGGUUGCCGAAAUGUUGGACAUCUAGUAGAACUGCAAGAAGACUCCUUGAAAUGGUUUAUGUUUACGUGAUGUUGCUGUCCAAUAUGGCAUGUAGUUGCAGCCUAUACUGGUGAAAGAUUUUUUGCAUCGAGUUAUGCUGUUGCUGUUCCUUGGUGCCGGACUGCUGGUGUUGUGCACAAAAGUUACAUCCAUUUUUAAUUGUUAUUUGUAUCUAUUCAGUUAACCGCUUAUAUGUUGAAAAGGAACAGAAAAGUUCCUUGGUGUUGAAUCGCUGCAUGG